AUGGCCGCGAACUUCCAGUUCCCUGUGCAGCAGACGACUGGCAACCACCUUGCGUACAAAAGCCACGUGGAGAACCUUUGUGUGGACAUCGUGCAGUCCGAUGAGAAGCCGUGCUCUGUGUCGGAGGACUGCUCGGCCUUGACGGACUACGAGUGUUGGCAGCUCUAUGACUCGAAGGUCCAGGAGGUGCCCGGGGGUGUCGAGAUGCAGUUGGAUGGCCACAUUAGCUGGAUGUCCUUCAUCGGCUGCGGCGAGGGCACCUGCCCUUGGUGCACGAACUAUCGGAGCUGUGUGGGGCCCAUGGUGGAGACCAACAGCUUGGAGGUCCUGGCAGGCAAUUGCAUCAUUUGGGAGUACAACACCCAAGGCAGCGCAGAUGCCUUCGAGAUCUUCGUUGGUGCCUUCAACACCUCGCAGCUGCUGAACUCCUCGCUGCAGCGGGGCGACCUGCGGCUGGAUUGGUCCUAUGGCCAACUGGCCUUUCCCAGCGACGACCUCGUGUUCCUUCGCCUCUUCCUGGCCUCCUACGACGCCAGCGGCGGCGGCUUGGUGGGCGCCACCCUGCGGGUCCGCUACCUCCGGACGGCGCCAUGCUUGGAUGCUGAAACCCUACUGGCAGGGCCUCCGGCCUCCACGACCAGUAGCACUGUCGUCACGAGCUCAUCCACCUCCAGCUACACCAGCUCUUCCACCUCCUUCACUGACACCAGUAGCAGCAGCUCCAGCAGCAGUACGACGUCCACGUCCAGCACGUCCAGCAGCUCCUCCAGCUCCACCGCGUCUUCAAGCUCCACAAGUAGCAGCUCCACAAAUUCCAGGUCCACCACUUCCCAACGCCUCACUAGCUCCAGCACGACCUCCACCGUCUCCUCCACGAGCACGACGAGACCGGGCAGCGGAGCAGCGCAGGCCGCGGAGUGCAGCACGGGGAUCUCGGACUUUCUCUUGGUGGUUUUGGCCCUGGGCGCCUUCUUCCUCCUGCUGCUCCUCACGGCCUUGUGCCGAAGAGAAGCACCCAACUCCUCAAAGGCGGUGGUGCCUGAGGGGAAGCUCGAGGUUCUGAUGCAAGUGCUGCGGAGCUUUGGCCUGGAGGACUCAGAAGAUCUCAAGGCGGAGCUGGAAGCAGCCAACGUUUUUAGGAAAGAGCUGGAGGAGAUGAGGCGCCAGUUGAAGGCUGCAGAGGCCACCGAAGCGGAGCUGACCUCGCUUCGGCAGCAGCACUUUGCCCUGCAGCACCGGCUGAUGAACGAAACCAGGCUACGGGAGGAACUGAGCCGCUGCAUGGACAGCUUGCCCUCACCACAAGGCGGGCGGCCGCGAGAAAUGAACAACGGCACCUUGGCUUGCCUUGGCGUCUAUGACCACAUUACUGUCGGAAAUGCAGAGGACCACGAAGUGCGACUGCUGGCAAAAGAAGCUGCAGAAGCGUUCGAUUGCUGUGAUCAAGUCGUGGUGGACUGCCGGGGACACCUGCUGGGACGCUUAGCCUCGGUGCUCGCCAAGGAGCUCCUGAACGGGCAGAACGUGGUGUGCGUGCGGGCAGAGGACAUCAACAUCAGUGGAUCCUUGUACCGCAACAAGCUGAAGUACGCAAACUUCAAGCGGAAGCACAUGAACACCAACCCUCGGCAGGGCCCCUUCCACUUCCGAUCGCCGGCAAAGAUCCUGUGGCGCACGGUUCGUGGCAUGGUGCCCCACAAGACGGCGAGAGGCGCGGCAGCGUUGGACAAGUUGAAGACCUUCGAGGGCAUUCCGCAUCCUUAUGACCGCAAGAAGAGGAUGGUGGUGCCUAGCUGCUUGAAGGUCCUGCGCUUGCGACCGGAGCGCCGCUUCUGCCGCCUGGGCGACCUCUCCAAGGAGGUGGGUUGGAAGCAUGGUGCCUUGAUCCAACGCUUGGAGAGCCAGCGAAAGGUGAAGAGCGAGGCCUUCUAUAAGAAGAAGGCGGCCACCCACCGACAACGGACGAAGGCCCUGGCCGCCGUGAAGCUCUCGAGCGAUGAGCAGAAGGUCUUGGAAGCCGCUGGGGGCGCAUCUCCGCCUUCUUCCGCUCGCAACGUCCCCGCCGCGCCGGGAACCGCGCUGGCCGGCGCGCUCCCGGAAGCGUUUCCCGUCGCCUUCUGGGGAUGGCCUACUUGGGUGAAGCGAAGAAGCGGCGGUGGCAAGAGCUACUGCAUCAACUCCAAGAGGAGCUGGAGAAGCAAUCCACGCGUUUGGAGCAUUUGGAAAAGAUUGAAGCGAGCGCUAAGCUUGAGAGGGUGGACUCAGACUAUGGAGCCCAUUCCGCAGCAAUCACCUUCACUGGCAUGAAGAGCUAUGCCAUCCCAGCACAGGUGGGGCGAGCUUUCUUCGUGCCGCUCGUGCCGCUGUGCGGCGGUCGUCCGAGGUCUUGAAAGGCACCUAAAUGGUGGGAGCGCGGGGG